CGUAAUUUCCUGUGCGCGUUUGCUGCAAUUCUCGCCUCGCUCUCCACAAACGUCUGAUAAUGUUGGGCAAAAUAAUCGGACAGAAAUACGCAUCUAUCGCGAAAACAUGGGUUCCCACGCUGGCGGUCUGGGGCGGAGUCGGAGGAGUCGCUCUCGUUCACUUCACAGACUGGAGGGUGAUCCUGGACUACGUGCCCUACAUCAACGGGAAGUUCAAGAAGGAGGAAUAGAUGGAGGACGGUCUCGCUUCGGACGGUUUGAAGACGGAGACGCUCGUCACGGCUGUUGAAACCAAACCAAUCUAUCGUGUGAAACGGACUAGUUCAUCAGAGCCAAUGAACAAUGUGAUAUUUAUUUUUUCGGAGCGUUCAAUCCGUUUCCCCCUCGUGAUUUAUCAGUGUGCUCAUGAAAGGAGAACGAUCACAGACUCAGAAUUAAAUGAUAUGUAUUAAAGAGAUGUUUGUAAAACUUCACCAUUUGUUCCCACUGAAACCUCUUGGAAUAAAUGCACUGUAAUUAUAUUAUUAAUAACAUUAUCGUGGACCUGAGCUCUGGUUUUUAAUUCUGUUUAAUUCUGCUCAACGGCGGGUUUAAUGCUGGUGCUUGUUAUUAAAAGAAAGAAAAUAA